GCAAGGUGGUUUUUACUCUCUCGUCUAUCCCUGUUCGCUCACCCCCGAUGGAGAACUAUUCCCAAGCGGUCCUCUGGAUCGCCACCUUCGCUGCUCUAGCUGUUUUCAUAUACAAAUACCUGACGAAGAAUUAUGAUUAUUGGGCGCAACAAAAUAUUCCAUUCAUAAAGCCACGCUUGGUACUGGGCUCGGUUAAACUCGGAGACAAGCCGCUACAUGAAUUGGAACAAGAAAUGUAUGAAAAAUAUGGAAGAAUUUAUGGAAGGUACGAUGGGAUGAUGCCGGUUUUAAGUGUAGCUGAUCCUGACUUGUUAAAAAGAAUAUUUGUGAAAGAUUUUCACAUCUUCCAGAAUCGCAGAGACUUAAAGUUUAAUGACCCCAUCAUGGACAACACUCUUUUUGUUUUGGAAGGAGCAGCUUGGAAAAGAGUUCGAAAGAUUGUAUCGCCUACCCUUACAUCUGGGAAACUUAGAAAAAUGCUCCCUCUUCUGGAAGAAUGUUCUAAUCUUCUCGUGGAUAACCUUGCCCAAGCUUCAAGGAGACUAAAGAAUAUCAAUUGUCAGAGGAUUUUCGGAGCCUUCACAGUCGAUGCCAUAGCAAAAUGUGCUUUUGGGAUAUCUGUUAACUCCUUGCGUAAUGAGAACGACCCAUUUGUUGCCAAAGCAAAGAUGCUCCUGCAGUGCUUUAUGUCUUGGAGGACUAUUGUUACAGUCAUUUUCCCCAGGUUAAUGAAAUGGCUUCGUAUUUCACUUCUGAAUCCCGAAACUACUGAAUUUUACAAGAACAUAAUUGUUCAAGUAGUCGAGGAAAGGAAGAAGGCGAGCGUGAAACGGGACGAUUUUCUGCAGUUGCUGUUGGAUGCAGAGACUGAAAUUAAUGAUCCGAAUAACAAUACAAAAACUCAAUGCUCAGAGGAAGAUUGUUCUAAAGUCUCUUGUUCUACUGAGAAACCAGAAGUGAAAGGUCUUUCCCACGACGAGUUUUUGUCUCAGUGCAUCACGUUCUUUUUAGCCGGUUACGAUGCCACGACUUCGUUGUUGUCUUACGCCAUCUACAAUCUUGCCAUCAAUCAAAAGUGUCAGGAGACUGCUGUAAACGAAAUCGAAAGUGUGUUGAAAAGGCAUGAGAGAGUACUCAACUAUGAAUCGCUGUCUGAAAUGAAAUAUAUGGAUGCUAUUUUAAACGAAUGUUUGAGGCUUUGUCCUUCUUUAGUGAGAUCUGAGAGAAGAGCUGAAGAAGAUUGUCUUCUGGGAGAUGACAUUGUUUUGAAAAAAGGAAUGUUAAUCAGUAUUCCAGUCUACGCUAUUCAUAGGGACCCUGAAUGGUAUCCAGAGCCUGAUGCGUUUAAACCCGAAAGGUUUUACCAUGCAGACCCUAAUAGGCCGCAGUACGUUCAUCUGCCUUUUGGAGCAGGACCGAGGGUUUGUGUUGGCAUGAGGUUUGUUCAGACUCAAGUCAAAAUGUGUCUAGCAAAAGUUCUGCAAAGAUUUCAAGUUGUACCAUCUUCCUUGACACCUGAAAAGAUAAAACUAAUCGAGAUGAGGAACAUCUUGAAGGUGGACAACGUAGAAGUCUCAAUGGUGGAAAGAGGCAUUCUUUCUGGAGCGUGAACUUUGCAAUAUCACGAAGUCAUACAUACACACGCAUAAUGAGCAUGUACAAAUGCCUUCCUCGAAGUGCCAAAUGCAUCUUUUCCACUAAUUUCACCCAAUGCCAGUAAUGCUGCGAUACUGAUGAACUUUGCUCUAUCGACGACAUUAAUUUUUAUGAUUCAUUGACAUAAUUUUGUGUAUAUUGUACAUACAAUGCUAAUAUAUUUGCUCAUUUCGUUGUGAACGUUGUGUCGAAGAGAUACAAUUUAUUUUGUUGUUGAUUUCUUUUGAGUACUGCCAAAACAUGUCAUACGUUUUUGCUCAAACUAUUAUUAUCAUUUGAAUCUUCGCGCUCAUUUUUAUUUAUUUUUUCAGCUUCAUUCGUUUUUAGUACUCGAUAUUUUAAUUAUUUAGUUUAGACAACGGAAUUAAAAAAGAAUCUUUGAUGAAGAAGUUACCUUAUUACAAUCGAAACUACAAAUAUUAUUUUUAACCAUAAUUAUAUAUUCAUAAAUAUAUAUUUGACUAUUUGCGCAAAAAUUGCAGAACAGAAAGAUCAAGAUUUUUUUAACCUCGAAUUAAACAGUAGAAAUGGGUAAAUAUUACGAAAAUACAGAGCUUUUAGGCAAAGCUCACAAGCAAAUCGAUUAAGCGGCAUAAUGCUAUGUAUCUAUGUGCAAUGAAACUAAAUAAAUAAAAAAAAUAACUAUGAGAGUUGGAAUAUACAAGUAUAUUGACGGAAUUCAUACAAUAGCAAUGAAAAGACAUUCUGCAACACAUUUUGUGUGAACCACGGUAAUUAUACUUGCUCUAUAAUAAAAAGAAAAUGUUUAAUGAGGCAAAAGAGUAACAGACAUGUGUAAAGUUCAUAAAUUGCUUUUACAAAUGCAAAUAUUGUACAUAUUAGCAAACUUAUGAUAUAAAAAUACGAUACUAAAACUGAAAUCAAAUUCAACGCAAUAAUUGUCGAGUAUGCUGAAGCGUCCAUUCUACAGUAGUCACAAUGAAUGGAUAUUUCAAAAUGAAACUAUUAAUACUAUGUUAGUAAACGUACAGCACAAAGUUAUAAUUCCAAGACUGAAAUCAAACUCAUUGAUUAAAAUUUCAAGAAUAAGACACUUUCCAGUGACAGUAAGUUUUAAUGAUCGAAUUUACAUAUUCGGAUUGCAUUUAGAUAUUAUCAAAAAGAAAAAAUAUUACUCUCAGUGUAUGUUGCGCAUUCUUAUAUAUUUAAUAAAAAAAAAACAUUUGAAGCAAGUUAUACAGAAAUUUUAUUACGGCAACUCCUUCAAAUCAGGCGUUUAGUAUUAAAACCAGCUCUGUAAAUAAAUUUUCAAAGUUAAUUUUUUCUAUAAUUUGACAUUUCUUGUUGGAUACUACCACGGUACAAAGCAAUUUAGACCACAUCCAUCUCCAUCAGGUCCAAACUGCUGUCAAAAAAACAAAAAAGCGUUUUUUUCUGUAAAACUUCUUAAAGACUCUCCUGUAAAAUUAAAAUUAAAAAAAAGAAUGAUAGCUCUGGUUUUGAUACUAAAAAUCUGAAACAUAACAUCAUUCGAAGAUGGCAAUAUUUUCUCAAUUCUACUGCUUUAAAAGAAACAUUGAAAAAAAAAAAAAUCUGAUUUUUGUCAAAAUAAUUCGUUUUUAUGAAAAGAUUAUUAUUUAGUUAAGCUAUUUCAACAUAAACAGUGUGAGAAGAGAUGUAUUGACUGAAAGUAUAAAUAUGGCUACCUCAUUUCUCAUUUUUCACUAGUUAGAACUGCCAAAAAUGUAGCUGUUUUAUAUUAUAAACUAUCUUUAUUGUGAAAGUACUUUGUACCAUAAAAUAUGAUGCCAAAAUGGCUAUAGUAAGACCUGCAGUCAUUUAGAGUAACUGUGAUCCACGUCGCUUGACUUCGAACCGAUUCAUAAUUUUUAACUCCAAAAGAAACUGUUUUCUGCUUUUAUUUUACAAAAAAAAAAGUUGGCAACAUUGUACAUAAUUCAUUUUAUCAUACGAUAAUUCUAAAGCUACUGCUAGUAAGUUACUCUUGAAUGCUGACUUGAAGUUAUUCAAAUCUGUACAUUCCAUGUAACAUAAUAAAUUAUUGGAUCUUGUGAUGCUAUGAAAUAAUAAUGGAGUUUUUCAACAUGCUGAAAUUAUAAUUUUCGUGUUAAAAAUUUCAUUUUUAAAAUAUUUUUUUAAAGAAAUUUUAUAUGACAUGGCACAUUAAAGUGAUGUUUCUAAUCAAAAAACCAUGUAAAAAUGAAAAACACCAAAAACUGCUUUAAUUAUUUGCCCUCGUCGGCCUGUUAUCGAAAUAUAAGAUCUUAAAAUUUGCCAAAAUUUUAAGAAAAGUUGCCAAAUGUAUCAAGUUUCGGUGAGUAAUGGAAGACAUUUUUCAAAUACUUUACCGAUGGAUGACUUGUAACAUGCAGAAGUUGAAAUCUCGUGGAGCCUUCCAUUUCUCGCCAAGUCUAUAAAUUUGACGCUUUUUUAUAUCUCGAUAACGGGGUCGCGAGGGCAAAUAACGUUUGCGUCAAAAAAUUGCCUGAAAAUGCUAUUCUUUUUUACAAAUUAGAUAAAGGUACGAUAAAAGUUGCUCUGAAUGACUGUACUUCACAAGUUCAAUGCCACUGUUAUACCUCAUCAUCACCACUGCUCACUAUUAUUAUUAUUUUGAUAUAGAAAUUAUUUUUUGUUGUUACAUCUGUAUUCAUUGUCAUUCCUAUUACUUCAUUUGCUGAUAUGAGUUCAUGUCAUCCAGAUAUGUUUUAUAUUUUGAUGAUAGAAUAUUUUAAUAAAAUAAUUUAUGAGACGA